AUGAUAUCACAAGAUACAUACUCUAAGCUUGAUGAGGCCAGGAAUGUAUUUUUCAAAGGCAUUCUUGAGAAUCCUCUCAUAAGCAAGGAUCUGCCCGCCGAAGCUGCAUCAUGCGCUGCUAGGAUUCACUUUAGUGGCUCCAAGGAGCCCAUGAUCCCAAUAAAUUGGCGCCUGUCCGAGAGCAUCUCGGCGCUCAAGGCCUUUGAGGCGACACUCCUGAAUGUACUGUUGUUGAGGAAGUAUGGAGUUGAGCCACCUUGUGUCGCCAUCAAUACGAACAGUGAUCAUGCUUCACUACUUAUCAUGUCUGCUCUUCUUUAUGACAUAGAUCCCAAUGAUAAACACAUUACAUUAGCGUCAAAUGCAACGCCCGAAGGGAGAAAGGACUUUUACGAAUGCUUUCCAAGCUGGGAUAAGGGAGACGCUCACGAAAAGCUACAUCGCAUUGCUGCCACGAAUAUUUACAAAACCAAGGAUGGCCGUUUCUACCAUUUACAUGGCAGCAUGAAUCCGGAUCCUACCAUUCAAAGCUUGAGUCUACCCCUUCAACGAGAUACCGCAACAUACGACGAUGCCCUCAAGCCGUACAUUCAGGCAGUUUCGACCAAAACCGCCGAAGAUAUGGACAAGCUUGAAAAUGAUGACUAUCGCCAAGCCGGUACCAUAUGCAUGACCAGCGACGAGUAUUUUGAGAGCGAACAUGGCAAAGCUAAUGCCAGCGUCGGUUUGUUUGAGAUCGAAGCCUACCCUAAUGCUGCACAAGCCCCAUGCUGGUGGCUUGAGACACCCCAUACGUCUGCGAAAAGGCCACUCGCGGGCCUCAAGGUCGUCGACUUGACGCGGGUUAUUGCAGGACCAGCCGUCUCCAAAGGUCUGGCCGAGCUUGGUGCCAGCGUCAUGAGGGUUACAUGCCCCCGAUUGCCGGACUACACUGCGCUCCAUCUGGAUCUCAAUUGGGGCAAGUGGAAUUCUAGUCUUGACUUCAAGCUGGAUGAAGAAAGAGAGAAAAUGAGGAAUCUCAUACUCGAAGCCGAUGUUAUCGUUCAAGGUUAUCGACCAGGUGUUCUGGACAAGUUUGGCUUCGGCCACGACGAGAUCAUCCAGCUUUGCGAAUCCCGUAGCCGAGGCAUUAUAGUUGUCCGCGAGAACUGCUACGGAUGGCAUGGACCGUGGGCAGGAAGAAGCGGCUGGCAGCAAAUCAGUGACGCCUGCUGUGGAGUAUCAACUGGUUACGGCAGGGCUAUGGGCCACGAUGAAGCUGUCACACCAGUCUUCCCCAAUAGUGAUUACUGUACUGGAGUGAUUGGGGUUGCCGGAGUCCUGCAGAGCCUGUUGAAGCGAGCAAGCGAUGGUGGGUCUUACCGCGUCGAUAUCUCUCUAAACUAUUAUUCACAAUGGCUGGUGAGAUCCUGCGGAACAUAUCCUUCCAAAGUCUGGCAGGAGCUCUGGAAGAGAAAUGGGCAGCCCGUCUUCCGACACUAUCAAAAUAUGACCCAGACAAUCCCAGCUGUCCUCAAACUACUGAUGCAGCGUCACGGCAGCUCCCUAUUCCGGCCGGGAUUUUUUGAGGAACGCCCUUGCCCCAGCAUAGGCUACAAUAUCAAGGUACUCAAGCCUGCUCUGCAGUACCCAGACGGCGAGGUUGAGUUUGGUUUCAACGUGGGAACGAGGACCAAUGGAGUAGACAAGCCAUAUUGGCCUGAGGAUCUCGCAUCAGAGUUUGUAAGAUAA